CCGCCUUCUUGAACCCCUCAAAAACCAUCCAUCUGGUCCCCUGAAUUUCUCCCCCCACCCGCCAAAUCUAGCCCCUAACCAAACCAUCAUUGGCCAGAUUCCCAAUUAACAUUUGGACCUGGAUUUUCACCGCCUUCCACGUAGCUUUCUCUGCCCCCUGUUUCCCGCGCCGCAGCUACCAAGGAGGCAAAUGUAUCACAUUCUUUUUUAAUUCAACCGUCCUUGCACUUUUUGUUCUUCGGGGGUUUAGACUUUCUUUCACCUUUUCCAAACUAUCGAAGGAAAGAUGCCUGCGACGAAUUCAUCUACGGUCACUUCGAGGGCAAAGGGCGAUAGCCCAAACCCAGCUCCUGCGGCAGCCGAAGGUGCUGAUAAGAGCCACGAUUUCUUCUGGACAUACACUGAGGAGCCUCAUCGAACUCGCCGUCUCGCUAUUAUCAAGGCUCACCCCGAGGUUCGUGCUCUACUGAUUAGCCCCGCUGUGCCAUGGCAUGUCGCUAAUCUAGCCUCCAUCUACAGAUCACCAAGCUCUGCGGUCCUGAGCCUCUCACGAAAUGGGUCGUUCUCGGUGUCGUCUCUCUUCAGGUCUUCCUCGCAUGGAUGCUCCAGUCGACUCCUUUCUUCUCAUGGAAGUUCUGGGCUGUCGCCUACGUCUUUGGCGCCACUGCCAACCAGAACCUUUUCCUCGCCAUCCACGAGAUCUCACAUAACCUGGCUUUCCGAAGCGCUCGUCUCAACCGUCUGAUCGCCAUCUUUGCCAACCUUCCCAUUGGUAUUCCGUACAGCGCUUCGUUCCGACCAUACCACCUUACCCACCACAAGUCCCUCGGUGUCGAUGGCCUUGAUACCGAUCUUCCCACUGCCUUCGAGGCCUUCGUUCUGGAUUCGAUUCUCGGAAAGGCCUUCUUCUGCACUUUCCAGAUCUUCUUCUACGCCCUGCGACCCAUGGCCGUCUACCGCGUUCCUUUGACUGGAGUCCACGCCCUCAACAUCGCUGUCCAGGUCGCCUUUGAUCUCGUUCUCCUGAAGUACGCCUCUGUCAACUCUCUCCUCUACCUGCUGCUCUCCUCCUUUUUGGCUGGGAGUCUUCACCCUCUGGCUGGCCACUUCAUCGCCGAGCACUACGUGUACGAGACCGUUGCUCCCUCCGCUCGCGACCCGGAGAACAAGAUCCCCGUUCCCGAGACCUUCUCUUACUAUGGACCUCUGAACUGGUUCACCUACAACGUCGGUCUUCACAACGAGCACCACGACUUCCCCGCAGUGCCCUGGACUCGUCUCCACAAGGUGCGCGAGAUUGCUCACGAGUUCUAUGAUGACUUGCCCCGCCACGAGAGCUGGUGCUAUGCCAUCUGGCGCUUCAUCUUCGAUGAGAACGUUGGCAUGAGUUGCCGCGUGAAGCGUAAGCAGGGUGGACGUCUUGUAGGCGGCGGCGCCGUCGCCGACUGGAAGCAGUCUGAGAUCGAGUCGAUUUAGAAGCAACGCAAAAGUACAUAGAAUUAGUUGUAAUGCAACUGUUUUGAUAUUUUGACAAAGGGUGCGGCAUAUCAAGGCCAUGAUCAACUCAAACUUUUGCUGCAUUUGGUACCUUUUUGACUGAGCUAGGCAGCAUAGAUUCAGACAAAAGUACCAUAGAAUACAGAUCUUGUAUGGCGUUUUAGGGUAUGUAUAAAAACAUAAAUACAAUCUUUUGAGCGAUCACAAAACUCAGAGACCGACUCCGUGACCUAACGAGCUAUCACCAUUUGGUUUCUGUGUAACGACUCCAGACUUUCAGUCCGUAAUAUGUAAAUAAUUGAGCGGCUAAGCUUGCAAAUGACCGGGA